GUUCCAAACAAAGCCUUAAUCUCAUUUCCGAACAGAUUUUAUCCAUUCCCGCCAGUCGCCACCACAGCAGCGAAAUAAACUGACUCCCCACUCCGGCCACCGACCAACCGCCGCCGUCCAAUAAUGUCCCUAUGGUUCCUCUCAGCUCCGCCGUCGCCCUCCCUCACCACCUGCCACGCCACCCCCGCCGCCGUUCGCGCUCCUCCAGCUCCGCCACCGCCACCACAACAACUUUCUUUCCCUCCAAACGCUAACCCAACAACACCCUUACCCUCCUUAACCUGCGCCCUCCAGUGCCCUCACUUCCAAUCGUGUUCGGGUUGCACUCAGGAGUUCAAUCUCCACCGUCCGACCGUUCUCGAUGAGGCCACCGACUUCUUCGUGAAACACGGCGUGUCUGACUUCUCCUUCGAUACUUGUAGACUAUGGGGAUGGCGGUGCCGCACGAAGCUUGCAGUUCGUGGCUCAUCAACUGACCCUCUGAUUGGGCUUUACGAAGAGGGUACUCAUAAUGUAGUCGAUAUUCCUGAGUGUAAAGUUCACCAUCCGAAUAUUAAUGUUGCUGUUGAACUCCUGAAGAAAGGAAUUACUGAGUUAAAUAUAGAGCCAUAUGACGAAGAUCAGGGAACUGGUGAAUUGCGUUAUGUACAGAUGGCAGUGACCACAUAUGAAACAUCCCUUCCUGCUGCUGAACGAUAUAAGAAUGGUAAAGUACAGGUUACCUUGGUUUGGAAUUCAAGAAGUGAGAGCUCCCCUUCUUCAGAAAAGUUGAAUGCUUUGGCCAAUUUUGUAUGGAGAUAUGGAGGGCCAAGCAAGAAAGUGCAUUUGAUUCAUUCUGUAUGGGCGAACUUUCAGACAUCACCUAAAAGUAUAAUAUUUGGGAAUAGGUGGCGGCAUCUUUUAGGGGAAAGAGACUUUUGGGAGCAUGUUGGAGGAAUCGAUGUUUCUUUGGCUCCAUCCAGCUUUGGCCAAGCAAAUACACGGGCUUUUGAUUCUUUGCUGCAAAAGUUACAAAAGUAUGUUCCCGUUGGUGCUUCAGUUGCUGAUCUCUAUGCUGGAGCUGGUGUCAUUGGAUUGUCUUUAGCUGUCACAAGAAAAUGCAGGUCAGUUAAAUGCGUUGAGGUUAAUAAAGAGUCAAAGUUAUCAUUUGAGAAGACAGUUGACCGCAUACCAAACUCCAUAGACUGCAGUAUCAGCUGGCAUUGUGCUGACACUUCAAUUGCACCUCUUUCCUGGCUAUGGGGUUCAGAUAUUGUUGUGGUUGAUCCUCCUAGGAAGGGGAUGGAUCCAUCCCUGCUCAACACAUUGCGAUCUAUACCAUCACUGGAGAAGAAAGCCAAGCCACCUGGAAGCCCUUUGUUAAAGGAAAAAGAUGAGAAGAGACCAUGGAUUCUACGUGCCAAAGAAGCUUCUGUUCAGAUUCAAAGCAAAACUACUCAGGAGGACAGUCAGCUACUGCCGAAAACUCUCAUUUAUAUAAGCCGUGGAUGGAAUAGUUUCAAAGAGGAUUGUAUGUCAUUGCUGUCUGGUAAGGCAUGGGUUUUGGACAAAGCUCAUGGAUUUAACUUCUUCCCUGGCACCGAGAGCAUUGAGGUAUUGGCCGUUUUCAAAAGAGGCCCCGGGGUAAGCUCGAAGAAAAAGAAAUCAGGAAAAAAGAAGAAAUCUUCAUGAGCAUCCAAUCAUGGUCCAGCAGUAAGUGUUAGCAAUGUUCAGUCAAGGAUAUCAGCAACCCAGGCACCGUGCAUGCUAAACGCUAUUUACAAUAAUGGAAGAAAAGAUUAACACCUCUGGCUCAUUUUCGAUGGCUGGAGAAACCUCGCUCUAUCAUCAUCAGAAAUCAGGAAAAAUUGAAUGCGCAUUUAUAGUUGUGCUGCUUCUUCGCAGAGAGUUCCGAGACCUGCAAAUGGCUGUAAUUCAAGCUUGGUUACAUCUUUCUUGGAGGAUUUGCCUGGAUGUGAAAACUGGUUGGUUGUGCUUUAACGAUGUGAAGGUGAUCAAAUCGUACCUUCCCUGACAGGAAAAAUAAAUUCAUGGCAAGUUGUGUUUUCUGUGGUAGAACUGUCUGGCUGUUGCAAUGGUUUUGAUCGCUUCGUGCAAAACUUUACUUUUUAUGAGAAUUUGAUGGAUACAAGCUGUAUGUUGAAAGAUUGUACUCAAGAAAUACACAUUAUCAAGAAAUUGGAGUCUUUUUGUACAAGGGAAUGCGAAAAUCAAUUCUUCA